AUGCGUCUGCAACAGCCCUCUGGGACCGGGACUCCGGUCAUCGAGCGUACGAACACGCCUGCGCAACAACCCGAACCAGUCGAGAUGGAGAUCGGCGAUGCGCCAAAACGAAUGGCCAUUAUCGGAAUGUCCUGCCGCCUCCCAGGCGAAGUCACCACGCCUGAUCAGUUCUGGGAGAUGUGCUCGAGAGGACGGAGUACGUGGUCAAAGUUCCCGAAGGACCGAUUCAAUGGCGAUGCCUUCUACCAUCCGAACGCCGAUAGACCUGGCUCGUUCAACCCCGAAGGCGCGCAUUUCUUGAAGGAAGAUGUAGGUCUUUUCGACGCACCUUUCUUCAACAUUACACUGCAAGAGGCGCGGUCGAUGGACCCCCAGCAGCGCAUCAUGCUUGAGUGUGUAUACGAAGCCCUCGAGAAUGCCGGCAUACCGAACCACGAGAUCACCGGCCAGCGGGUUGGAGUGUUUGCCGGAUCCUCAUUUCCAGAUUAUGAAAUCAACAACACGAGAGACAUUGAAGCCAUUCCGAUGUAUGCUGCCACAGGGACGGCAGUGUCUUUGCAAGCGAAUCGGGUAUCCUAUUAUUUCGACUUGACAGGACCAAGCAUUGCGGUUGAUACGGCUUGCUCAUCCAGUCUUUCAGCGCUGCAUCUAGCAUGUCAGAGUCUUCGGAAUGGAGAAUGUUCAACCGCGAUUGUUGGAGGAUGCCAUUUGAACUUGGUCGCGGAUGCAUUUAUUGAAAUGACACGCAACAGACUCCUCGCAGAUAGCGGCCGCUCGUAUGCAUUCGAUAGCCGUGCGACUGGGUUUGGACGUGGUGAAGGUGCCGGAUGUAUUAUAUUGAAGUCCAUCGAAGACGCAGAGGCUGCCGGCGACACCAUCAGAUCUGUUAUUGUGAAUACUGGCAUCAAUCAGGAUGGACGCACACUAGGCAUUGCGAUGCCUAAUGGCGAAGCCCAGGAGGCUUUGAUACGCCAGGUCUAUAAAGAAGCACGCAUCGAUCCAUCUAUGACGGGCUAUGUGGAGGCGCACGGCACCGGCACCAAAGUCGGAGAUCCUCUCGAAGCUACUGCACUCAACGCCGUCUUUGGAAAAGGGCGCACAGCCAGACAGCCAUUGUUUGUUGGAUCUGUUAAAUCCAAUAUUGGCCAUCUCGAAGGAUCUAGCGGUAUUGUGGCAGUGAUCAAGACUGUGCUGGCACUUGAGCGCGGCUUCGUGCCUCCCAACUGCAAUUUUGACAAGUGCAAUGAAGAGAUUCCCAUGGAAAAAUGGCACAUGAAGGUACCCAAGAAGUUGACUCCCUGGCCUCGGGGCAAGCCAUACGCGAGUAUCAAUAACUUCGGAUUCGGCGGCACCAACGCGCAUGUUAUUCUUGAACGACUUAAUCGACACGAGGGUGAAGGUGUUGUGAGCAACGAUCCUCUUAAGCGAAAGCUGUUUGUUGUCUCUGCAUUUGACAAGCAGGCUUGUGUACAAAUGGGGCACGAUCUUAGCUCGUAUGUCGACCUCCACCCCACGGUUUUCGACGACAAAGUUUUGGACAGGACGGCCUACACCCUAGGCCAGCGAAGGAGUUUCUUCCCAUGGCGCCUUGCUGGUUCAGCAGAGCUUUCGCAAGAUCUAACCGCACUGAUGUCGACGAAUGCUACGCCUGUCCGUUGCUCGAAAGAGCCAACAGUCGGCUUCGUCUUCACAGGACAAGGUGCCCAAUGGCAUGGGAUGGGAAAGGAGCUUUUGGGAACCUAUCCGGUUUUUGAACAGACAAUGAAGAAUGUCGACGCCUGUCUGAAGUCGCUAGGUGCCACAUUCUCUAUUGCUGACGAACUACUCUUGGAUGAUCCAAGUAAAAGUUGCAUCUCUGCAGCAUACAUGAGUCAGCCAGCGUGUACUGCAAUUCAGCUCGCACUGGUAGACUUGCUUUCCUCAUGGGGAAUUCGACCCAAGGCAGUCGUGGGACAUUCAAGCGGUGAAAUCGCAGCGGCGUAUUCGGCAGGCAUACUCACCCUCGAAGAAUGCGUGCGGGUGGCAUACUCCCGAGGUGUAGCCGCGGACCUUGUUGCUAAGGACAAAACUCUCAAGGGAGGUAUGCUGGCUGUUGGGGCUUGCGCAUCUGAUAUCCAACAGAUCUUGGAUGCCAUGCGCGGGAACAGAGCCGUCAUAGCCUGUGUGAACAGUGAAUCCAGUGUGACACUAUCUGGAGAUGCUGAAGUCGUUACCACGCUUCAGAAUGCGCUGGACAAGGAAGGAAUCUUCACCAGACGCCUGCUGGUUGAUGUUGCAUAUCACUCUCACCACAUGCAGACAGUUUCGCAACAGUACCGAUCAUUGCUGGGAAAGAUCGCGCCUCGGGACUCUGAUGUGCCAUUCCACUCUACCGUGCAUGGGAAGUUGGUUCCUGGGAGCACCCUCGAUGCUUCCUACUGGGUUGAGAACUUGAUCUCGCGUGUAGAAUUCGUCGAUGGUCUGAAGAGCCUCUUGACCCAUGAAGGAACCGGUAUUGACACCUUGGUUGAACUCGGCCCACACCCAGCUCUCCAGGGACCGGUCAAGCAAAUCGCAGAAAUCCAUGCGCCGAAGAUGAAUGUGCAGUAUCAUCAUACCCUGAAGCGCAAGGUUGAUGGAAUUGAGGCAGUCCAAAACAUGGCGGGUUCCUUGUUCACCCAAGGCAUGCCUCUAAACUUCCAAGCUAUCAACUUCCCGACAUACGACAAACUUGAAAGAAAACCAACCGUCCUGAAUGACCUUCCAAGGUACCCUUGGAACCACACAGAAAGGUACUGGCAUAACUCCCGGCUUGCAGACAACCUUUAUCGCCGCCGAUUCCCCAAAAACGAUAUUCUGGGCUCGUUGAUUAUGGACGGUGUGGACUUCGAACCUCGUUGGAGGAACAUCAUCCGUGUCGAUGAUCACCCUUGGAUCCAGGAACACAGAGUUCAAGGCAUGACCGUGUAUCCCAUGACUGGAUUCCUCGCAAUGGCCAUGGAGGCCAUCUCUCAGCACGCCCAAAUCCACCAUAUCGUCCCCGGAAAGAUCGAUCUUCGCGAUAUCUUCAUUCACCGCGUUCUGGCCAUCCCGGACACAUCAUCCGUGGAGACCAUAUUCAGCCUCAAGCCAUGUCGUGCAGAGACACCCAGCAAGUCUGUUCUCGGCUGGCACGAGUUCAAGGUCUUCUCAUGGGUCGAGAGUCGAGGCUGGGAUCAGCACUGCCACGGCUUCGUUAUGGUUCACGAAGCGAAAGAGCUGAACCCCGUGGAUGGGACACGCCAACAGCUCGAGCACACGGCUCGCUUUACCCAGAAAGCCCUGGAGAUGCGUCAUUCCUGCACUGGACAUGUCGACAGUGCGGUCCUAUAUGAAGAUAUUUCCAAUGGCGGCGUUCAGUAUGGUCCUGUUUUCCAGGGCCUGACUGAUGUUCGGGUCAGCGCAGCCGCUCAAGCCAUGGCAAAGAUAUCAGCUCCCGACACCAAGACUCUCAUGCCCCAUCAACAUGAGUCUGCUUGCAUCGUUCACCCCGUUACCCUUGAUCUGUGUAGCCAGGUCAUGUGGGUAAUGUGUGGUUACGGACAGCCAGGGGACCAUGUGACCAAUUUGCCAUCACACCUGAAGCAUGUCACAGUAUCUCUGGGCCAAGAGAUCAAGGCUGGCACGACUCUCCAGCUAUACGGCGAGCGAUUUGGUGACACAUCCGCCAGCAAGCAGGAGAGUAACCGUAUCUUCGCGACUGAUCCUAACAACUCCUCCAACUUGCUCAUUGAUAUCCGGGAUAUCACUCUAGUGCCUCUGUCGAGUGAAUCCAAGGUAUCAAAGGAUAGCUCGCCCGACCAGAUAUGCUACAAGUUGGAUUACCAGCCUUGCUUCGAUUUCCUCUCCGCAGAGGACUACCGCCACCUCCCACGCCCUUUGACUGAUCACACUGAGGGAGUGAAGCGGAUGAGUGAAUUGGAGCUGGCAGCAGAGCAUUACCUGCGCCAAAUGCUCAAAUCAGUCCCAGAUACUGAGCUUUCCAGCCUCAAACCGCACCAUCAACAAUUCUAUCGCUGGGCCCAGAGCACGAUAGAACAGGUUGGACCGGCAGAGGCUUUGACCUUUGACACUCUCGAGCGAAACCGUGCCGCGAAUGGUGCUGGUGCACUCGCAUUCAAAGUUGGUGAAAUGCUGCCUGAAAUCCUGAGAGGCAAAGCCGAUGCCUUAACUGUGCUCUUGGAAGACGAUGGAAUAGGCGCCCACUACCGUGAUUUGGAUGCUCUCCACGAAGCCUAUGCCAAUGCAUCCGUCUGCGUGGAUAAGAUGGGUCAUCAAAACCCGGAGCUGAACAUCAUUGAGAUUGGCGCCGGUACGGGCGGUGCGACCACGCCUAUUCUGAACAGUCUGGGCGGGGGCGAGCCGGGAUCCACGCCCCGCUUCGGCCACUAUACCUACACGGACAUCUCGCCCGGGUUCUUCGAGAAGGCGAAGGCCAAGUUCGAGAACUGGGACCACCUCAUGACAUACCGGACAUUGGAUAUUUCGGCUGAUCCCACAGGGCAGGGAUUCCAUAAUGGUGUUUACGAUGUCGUUGUUGCUUGUAAUGUUCUCCAUGCCACGUCGGAUAUUGGUCAGACGAUGGCGAACAUUCGAGCUUUGCUGAAGCCUGGUGGUAAAGUCCUGCUCAUUGAAGAGACUGUUUCCAAAGCCCGUCACUUCCCAUUCGCACUUUUGCCUGGAUGGUGGUUGGCAAGUGACAAGUUCCGCAAUGCAGGUCCGCUUCUCACCGUCGACGGAUGGCAUAGUGUCCUGAGGGAGACCGGCUUCUCUGGACUCGAUCUUUGUCUGGAGGAGUACCCAGGUGCCUCUUUCCAGGCCGGCUGCCUGAUGACAUCUACUGCGAGUGCCCCGCUGAUAGGCCCAGCCAACCCCGGUGACAUUGUCAUCCUCGGCACGGAAUCUAUUGGAAGCCUGUCCGCUCUGAGCUUGGAGCUCGGUCUCCAGGACAUGACCGGUGUGUCACCGAUUACUGCCACUGACUCCGAUGCAGUAGACGUGACAGGGAAAUGGUGUAUCUUCCUAGGAGGAAUGGACCGCUCAAUUCUGUCACACAUGACUGCAGAGAGAUUCCAAGCCCUCCAACGACUCCUCAGCCGAGCCCGUGGUCUACUCUGGGUUGUCCGUCACAGCAAGACCGACCUUGAGUCUUUGGGUGCCAACAUGGCCAUUGGCCUAGCACGCACAGUGCGGUCCGAGACUGGUCUGCAGUUUGCUACCCUCGAUCUGGGAGAGCGGAAGAGUAUGUCUGAUCCGCAAGCAGUGGAGCAUAUGCUCAAGGUCUUCAACGGUGUCUUCUGUCAAAAGUCGCAGCUCGCUCAGAAUGAUUGGGAGUUUGUGAUUCGCGAUGGAAAUAUCUGCGUCCCACGUCUUGUCGACAACAAUGCUCUCAACUCGAGUGUCCAACAGGAGACACCGGAUGCACCUUCCCAACUGCAGCCCUUCAAGCAAGAUCGCGCACUGCGGCUCGCCCCUGGAGAAGGUAAAGGUCUUGAUGAAAUGUAUUUCACUGAUGAUGCGUCUCACAACGCGCCUCUUCCGGAUGAUCAGAUCGAGAUCCAAGUCGUUAGCACCGGUCUUAACUUCAGAGACGUCUUGAUGGCCAUGGGCCAGCUUCAAGGUGACCGUCUUGGACAAGAGUGCAGUGGCAUAGUCACCAAAGUGGGAUCUGCUGUGAGAUACUUCAGGGAAGGGGAUCGUGUCUGUGCCAUGUCCCCGGGAUCAUUGUCAACCUUCACCAGAUGCCAAGCAUCAAGUGCCUGGGUUAUCCCGGACAAGAUGCCAUUCGAAGUAGCAGCCUCAAUUCCUGCUGUCUUUUGUACCGCUUAUUAUUCCCUCAUUGACCUCGGUCGACUUACUCGGAAUGAAACGGUACUCAUUCAUGCCGCCGCGGGAGGUGUUGGCCAAGCUUCCAUCAUCAUUGCGCAGAGUGUUGGAGCCAAGAUACUGGCGACUGUUGGCAGUGUUGAGAAGAAGCAAUUCCUGAUGGACACAUAUGGCCUUGAAGAAGAGCAGCUAUUCUUCAGCCGUGAUAUUUCCUUCGCAGAAGGUGUGCUAGCUGCCACUGACGGCGAAGGUGUAGAUGUCGCAAUCAACUCUCUCAGCGGUGAUGCCUUGCAAGCCACGUUCGAGUGUAUCGCGCCGUUCGGACGCUUCAUCGAGCUCGGAAAGAGAGACAUCACAACUAAUUCGCGCUUGGAAAUGGCCCACUUCAACAAGAACAUUUCAUUCGCGUCGGUUGAUUUGGGAAUCGUCAGAGAGAAGCGCCCACAGCUGACCAAGCGCUUGUUGCGGGAUGUUUUCAAACUGUUUGCCGAUACAGACGCCCAGUCCAGAUGGCCCGUCACCACACUUCCGAUCUCGGAGGUAGAGGCUGGUUUCCGUGCUUUGCAGGGUGGACAAGUUAUCGGUAAAAUGGUUGUGCAGAUCACGGACGACUCAAUGGUCAAGGUCCAUCCCGCUCGAAGAGAUGAGAACCUCCUCCAAUCUGAUGCCUCAUAUGUCAUUGUCGGUGGCACGGGAGGUAUCGGUCUCGACAUCGCCGGCUGGAUGCCAGAAAAGGGAGCGAAGAAUCUUGUCUUGGUUUCCAGGAGUGGAGCUUCUACCGACGCCGCCAAGAAAGCCAUUGAAGAUAUCAAGCUCAAAGGCGUCAAUGUGGAGGUUUGUCGCUGUGAUGUCUCGGACAAGCAGAGUGUGGAGCAGCAGCUUGUCCCAGUGCUCUCUCGAUUGCCUCCCGCUCGUGGUGUCGUAUAUGGCGCCAUGGUCCUCCGGGAUACGUUGUUCGAGAAGCUCAGCUUUGCCGACUACCAGACUGUGAUGAUGCCCCGAGUCCACGGAAUUUGGAAUGUCCAGCGAGCAUUGAACACCACCAACGCCGAAAUCGAUUUCUUCGUCAACCUCUCCUCCGCAGCCAGCUUCGUCGGAAACAUGGGUCAAUCCCCCUAUGCAGCAAGUGGUACUUUCAUGUCCGCGCUGGCGCAAUAUCCCGAGAGCGCCCAGAUGCGCUUCUCAACCAUCGAUCUACCAGUCGUCCGAGGCGUCGGAUAUCUCUCCGACGACACCAAGCGCGCCGAAAUCACCAAACAACUCGGCACCGAGUCCGUAGAUGCAACCGAUAUUCGCGGUCUCGUGACAGCAGCAAUCCGCAAGGAGUUCGACGCCGCCUGUGGAGGACACUGUGUUGCCGGGUUCGAAGCUGUGAAAACAACGCCUGUUUCCGAGCAGCCUUUCUAUGUCACUGAUACCAAGCUGUCGCAUCUGCUUCGUCUGUCUACCCUCGCUGGCGCGGGUGCAGUGGAGGCUGUGCAGCAUGGUAAUGAAAUUGCUCCUGCUGUUGCGAUCCGUCAAUCUAAGGACCGUGAGACAGCUACUGCUGUGACUGCGGCUGCUAUUCUGGGUAAGAUCUCGAGCAUUCUGAUGCGCCCGAUCGAGGAGCUGGAUCCUGCUGCCCCCAUCUCUGUGUAUGGUCUUGACUCGCUGGUUGCUAUUGAGAUUCGGAACUGGAUCACGCGUGAGCUGGAGUCGAAUUUGCAGAUUUUGGAAAUCCUCACCAGUGAUUCCAUGGCUGCCCUUGCAGAGAUGAUUCUUGCUAAGUCUGGGAUUCUUUCCCCGGAGUUGAAGGCCGAGUGGGGCCUUGAUGUUGCUAAGGAAUGA